AUGUCUGUGAGGACGACUCUCUUGGAAAAUGCCCAGAGACUCUACAGUGAGCGUGUCUUUAUUCAUCCCAGCUGGAAGGAAGAAGAUGACCCAAAUUCACGGACAAAUUUUGACAAUGACAUUGCCCUGGUGCAGCUGAAAGACCCUGUGAAAAUGGGACCCAAGUUUUCCCCCAUCUGCCUACCAGGCACCUCCUCAGAGUACAGCGUCUCACAAGGUGACAUGGGGCUGAUCUCAGGGUGGGGCAGAACAGAAAAGAGAUUCCAUGUUAUCAACCUCAGAGGGGCAAAGGUACCAGUAACCUCUUUAGAAACCUGCAAACAGGUGNAAGAGGAGAACCCCACAGCAAGGCCAGAGGACUAUGUUUUCAGUGACAACAUGAUCUGUGCAGGCGAGAAGGGUGUUGACAGCUGUAACGGGGACAGCGGAGGAGCUUUUGCUUUCCAGGUCCCCAAUGUCAANGUCCCCAAAUUCUAUGUAGCUGGCUUGGUGUCUUGGGGGAAAAAGUGUGGGGCCUAUGGGGUCUACACAAAGGUAAAGAAUUACGUGGACUGGAUCCUGAAAACUAUGCAGGAGAAUGGAGGGUCCAGGAAGCACCAAUCCAGGUCAGCAUCAUUCGAUCUAUCUUGUUUUUAUUCCUUCCUAGUCUGUGGAGUACCCACCGAGCCCUUUCUAGUGCAGCAGAGGAUAUUCGGAGGACAACCUGCAAAGAUUGAAAAUUUUCCCUGGCAAGUCUUCUUUAGUCACCCCAGAGCUGGUGGGGCUCUUAUUAAUGAGUACUGGGUGCUGACGGCCGCUCAUGUUGUGGAGAAAAUCUCCAACCCUUCAAUGUAUGUCGGGACCAUGUCUGUGAGGACGACUCUCUUGGAAAAUGCCCAGAGACUCUACAGUGAGCGUGUCUUUAUUCAUCCCAGCUGGAAGGAAGAAGAUGACCCAAAUUCACGGACAAAUUUUGACAAUGACAUUGCCCUGGUGCAGCUGAAAGACCCUGUGAAAAUGGGACCCAAGUUUUCCCCCAUCUGCCUACCAGGCACCUCCUCAGAGUACAGCGUCUCACAAGGUGACAUGGGGCUGAUCUCAGGGUGGGGCAGAACAGAAAAGAGAUUCCAUGUUAUCAACCUCAGAGGGGCAAAGGUACCAGUAACCUCUUUAGAAACCUGCAAACAGGUGNAAGAGGAGAACCCCACAGCAAGGCCAGAGGACUAUGUUUUCAGUGACAACAUGAUCUGUGCAGGCGAGAAGGGUGUUGACAGCUGUAACGGGGACAGCGGAGGAGCUUUUGCUUUCCAGGUCCCCAAUGUCAANGUCCCCAAAUUCUAUGUAGCUGGCUUGGUGUCUUGGGGGAAAAAGUGUGGGGCCUAUGGGGUCUACACAAAGGUAAAGAAUUACGUGGACUGGAUCCUGAAAACUAUGCAGGAGAAUGGAGGGUCCAGGAAGCACCAAUCCGUAGGGUGACAACACCCCUCCAGGGCAUAGCACGCUCACUGUUCUCAGAUCCUAUGGUGGUCCCCGUAUUUCACAGCAAUGGAGAGAAG